UCCCCCAAAGGCGAGCCUUUAUAUGUGCGCUGCAGACGGAGCGCUGUCUUCUCUCUUCCGUUCGUCUGUCAGACCUCAGGAUCCGGCUCGACUGUACCGUCCGCCUCAUCAGUAAGAACUAUGGCUGCCAAAACAGAGCGCACCUUCAUUGCCGUCAAACCCGACGGUGUCCAGAGAGGCCUGAUCGGAGAAGUCAUGAAGCGCUUCGAACAGAAGGGUUUCAAGCUGGUGGCCAUGAAGUUUCUGCAGGCGUCUGAGGACUUGCUGAAGCAGCACUACAUUGACCUGAAGGACCGGCCUUUCUAUCCCGGACUGGUCAAGUACAUGAGCUCUGGGCCGGUCGCCGCAAUGGUGUGGGAGGGUCUGAAUGUUGUGAAGACGGGAAGGGUGAUGCUCGGAGAGACCAAUCCUGCCGACUCCAAACCCGGCACCAUCAGAGGUGAUUUCUGCAUUGAAGUGGGCAGGAACAUCAUCCAUGGUAGUGACUCCGUUGACAGUGCAAAUAAAGAGAUCAACUUGUGGUUCAAGCCUGAGGAGCUGGUGACUUACAAGAGCUGUGCACAAGACUGGAUCUAUGAGUAAACCGCAGACAAACUACCAAAACCCUGAAUCGAUGCCUUUCUUCCUGGACCAGUUAUUACUAACGGACUUGAGUUUGUUUGUUUGUUUGAUCUCUUGUCUUUUCUGAAGCACUUGUUCAAAUAAAUCAAAGUCUCACAUUU